CGCUGGGCCGGGGGAGGACGCGCCGGGCAGUGAACGCGCGCGGGGCGCUGCGGCUCUGCCUGGCUCGUGCGGGGCCGUUGGAUCCUCUCCCGGAGCCGGAGAAGAGUUUUUGUGUCUCCCGGCUCUGGGCAUGCGCAGAUCGGGGGGUUGGGGAGAGCCCCGCAUGCGCAGAGGCAGAGCUGCCCCGCUGCUGCUCCCUGGGGCUGGGGGCCGGGCUGAGCAGAGGGUCUGUGCCGGGGAGACCUUCGUUAACUCCCCGUGCCCGGCCCGGGCCCUGCUCCCGCUGGAGCCACCCCGUGCUGCGGAGCUGCAGCCUCCAGGCCCUGCAUCAACACCAAGUGAAAUCAGGCUCCAGUUGUGCCAGGUGCUGCAGAGAUGGCAAACAAAAUCAGGGACCUUGUUAUUCCUGGAGCUGCAGAAACCCGAAGUGAGAUCUGGAUCCUGUUCUGCCAGGUGCUGCAGAGACCCCAACAUAGGUCAAACCCCGGUGUUGUGACAGGUGCUGUGGAGAUCCCAAGUGAGAUCUGCAACCCUGUUGUGACAGUUUAUUUGGAGAGUGUUGGGAUUCCUGCCAGGGAGCCACCAGCAGGGUCCAGAGACAGCCCCAUCUCCUAUAUCAGGCUCUGGUUAGUAGAUACCGGUGACUUUCGAGGAGGUGGCUGUAUAUUUCACCAAGGAAGAGGGGGCUCUGCUGGACCCCACUCCGAGAGCCCUCUACAGGGAUGUCAUGCAGGAGAACUAUGAGACUGUGGUCUGGCUGGGAAGAACUGGGCUCACAGAUGCAGGGAGCUCUAUUGGAGAGAAGACAAAUGGACAGGGUUUCCAAUUUCCAAACCUUAUGUGAUCUCGCAGCAGGAAUGAGGGGAACAGCCGUGGGUCUCAGACCUCUAUGGCUCUGAAAAAAAGUGCUCCUGAGACCGUCUGCACAGGGAGUGACCUAUGUCUGGAUUCUCUCUGUCUCCCAUCAGGUGACGGGAUGGUGAGUGAGAACGAGGAGACACCCCAGCAGGAAGAUGCUGAGCAAAUAGAACCACAUGGGAUGUUAUCAGGAGUAUCCAAAGGGAAUGUUUCUGGGAGUUGUGCACUGCCAGAAAAAGCAAAAGCCUGUGAGAUUCAGGACAGGCCAGAGGAAAACUCAGACCUUAUUACAUGCGAGACCAUCAGCUUGGAAGAGACAUGCUACAUAUGUCAUGAGUGUGGGAAAAGCUUCAGUGGGAACUCUGACCUUCUCACACAUCAGAGAAUCCACAGGGGAGAGAAACCCUACACAUGCUCUGAGUGUGGGAAAAGCUUCAAUCGGAGCUCACACCUUAACAGACAUAGGAGCAUCCACACAGGAGAGACACCCUACGCAUGCGCUGAGUGCAGGAAAAGCUUCAAUCGGAGUUCAAGCCUUAUUAGACAUCAGAGAAUCCACACAGGAGAAAAACCCUACACGUGCUCUGAGUGUGGGAAACGCUUCAGUUAUAACUCAGUCCUCAUCUCACAUCAGAGAAUCCACACAGGCGAGACACCCUACAUGUGCUCUGUGUGUGGGAAAAGCUUCAAUCAGAGCUCAAGCCUUAUUAGACAUCAGAAAAUCCAUACUGGGUGGACACCCUACACGUGCCCUGAGUGCGGGAAAUGCUUCAGUUAUAGAUCAGCCCUUACCAUACAUCAGAGAAGUCACACAGGUGACAAACCCUAUGGAUGUUCUGAGUGUGGGAAACGCUUCAUGGAUAGUUCAGCCCUCAUCACACAUCAGAGAAUCCACACAGGAGAGAGACCCUUCAUGUGCUCUGAGUGUGGGAGAAGCUUCAAUCAGCGCUCACACCUUAUCAGACAUCGGGCAAUCCACAUAAGAGAGACACCCUACACAUGCGCUGAGUGUGGGAAAAGUUUUAAGCAGAGCUCUGCCCUCAUCUCACAUCAGAGAAUCCACACAGGAGAGAUGCCCUACACGUGCUCUGAGUGUGGGGAAUGCUUCAGUUAUAGCUCAGCCCUUACGAAACAUCAGAGAAGCCACAGUGGAGAGACGUCCUACAUGUGCUCUGAGUGUGGGAAAAGCUUCAAUCAGAGCUCAAGCCUUAUUAGACAUCAGAAAAUCCACAUAUGAGAGAACUGUAAUAAAUGCCUUGAUUCCA